CAACUCGAAUAAAACCUCCCACUCACUCAUCCACUCUUUACAUUUCCAUCCCCUGUUUUUUCUUCCCUUUCUUUUUUCUCUCUCCUCAUUCUCCAUUCUAUCUCUCUCCUCUGUUAAAAUAUACUCGUAAAACAGAGCCAAAAAUUAGGGAAAACUAACUUCAUAAAAACCCAUCUACUAAUCAAAUCUCUAAAUGAAGAACAAUUCCCAAAUCUGAUCACUACCUUCUUUUUUUUCUCUCUCUUCAAUGGAAGAUACCCAUUAAUCAAUUUCAUUUUUUUGCAAAAAAGUUUCUAAUAAAAUAAAAAUUAAUGGGUUCGUCUUCAAUUGUUACAGCAGAGCAUUCAAGUCCAGAAGUAUUUCCAUGGCUGAAAACCCUACCUGUUGCUCCAGAAUACCACCCUACAAUUCAAGAAUUUCAAGAUCCAAUUGCGUACAUUUUUAAGAUUGAAAAGGAGGCUUCUAAAUUUGGUAUUUGCAAAAUAGUCCCUCCUGUUCCUCCCCAAUCGAAAAAAUCAGUAAUUUCUAACCUAAAUCAAUCUUUGUUGAAUUCCUCGAAAAACCCUAGUAAUCCACAACCGACAUUUACUACUAGGCAGCAGCAAGUAGGGUUUUGCCCCAGGAAACAACGACCCAUUCAGAAGUCAGUGUGGCAGAGUGGUGAGUGUUAUACUCUUCAGCAGUUUGAAGCAAAGGCAAAAGCUUUUGAGAAGAAUUACUUGAAAAAUCGUGCUAAGAAGGCGGUAUCACCACUCGAGGUUGAGACCCUUUACUGGAAGGCAAAUGGGGAUAGACCCUUUUCAGUGGAGUAUGCAAAUGAUAUGCCCGGGUCGGGUUUUAUGCCGAUGAAAGAGAGGAAGAGAACAGGGGAGAUUGUUGCUGGGGCUGCUGCAAAUGUUGGGGAAACUGCUUGGAAUAUGAGGGGAGUUGCAAGGGAAAAUGGGUCUUUGUUGAGGUUUAUGAAGGAAGAGAUUCCUGGGGUUACUUCUCCUAUGGUGUAUGUUGCUAUGAUGUUUAGUUGGUUUGCUUGGCAUGUUGAGGAUCAUGAUUUGCAUAGCUUGAAUUACUUACAUUUAGGGGCUGGCAAGACUUGGUAUGGUGUUCCUAAGGACGCUGCCUCGGCUUUCGAAGAGGUCAUCAGGGUUUAUGGUUUUGGUGAAGAGAUUAACCCUCUUGUUACCUUCGCCCAACUUGGUGAGAAAACUACAGUGAUGUCCCCUGAAGUGCUUAUUAAUGCAGGGGUGCCCUGUUGCAGGUUAGUGCAAAAUGCAGGGGAGUUUGUUGUCACGUUUCCAAGGGCUUACCAUUCCGGCUUCAGUCAUGGGUUUAACUGUGGAGAAGCAUCUAAUAUCGCCACUCCUGAAUGGCUGAGGUUUGCAAAAGAUGCUGCAAUUCGUAGAGCCUCAAUAAACUAUCCACCAAUGGUUUCUCAUUUCCAGUUGCUAUAUGAUCUUGCAUUAGCAAUUUGUUCAAGGGCGUCGAUUGGGAACAGUGCUGAACCUCGAAGUUCUCGCCUAAAAGAUAAGAAGAAGGGUGAAGGUGAAAUGCUGGUUAAACAAAUGUUUGUACAAGAUGUAAUACAAAAUAAUGAGCUUCUUUACACUCUUGGACAAGGAUCUGAAGUUGUACUCCUCCCUCACAAUUCUUCUGAAAUAUUUGUUUGGUCUAAUUUGCGUGUCGGGUCCAAGUAUAAAGUAAAACCUGGGUUGCCUUUUAGCUUAUAUAGUUCAGAAGAAGCUAUUAAAGCUUCUGAUGACAUUAUGUUAGCUAGAGAUGACAGGAAACAGAAAGCUUUUUCUUCUGUCAAAACGAAGUCUGGUGGUUGUAUGUCCACUACACCACAUGAGAUCCAACACUCAGAAACCGAAAAGGGAGGAGGUGCAGCUGGGGAUGGAUUUUCAGACCGUGGACUGUUUUCUUGUGUCAAGUGUGGGAUUUGGACUUUUGCUUGUGUUGCCAUUGUUCAACCUACUGAAUCAGCUGCACAGUACCUGAUGUCAGCAGAUUGUAACUCCUUUAAUGAUUGGAUCGCUGGUUCUGGAGUAUCGAGUCAUGGGAUGGAUCCUAUUGACGGAGAAGCAAAUAUUUCAGACCCAAAUUCUUUUUCAGGGUCCAUGGAAAAGCAUCCUCCUGAUGGCGCGUAUGAUAUCCCUGUCCAUUCUACUGAUUACCAUGCUCAAAGCAUAAGUAACACCUCAAAGUUGAAGUCAAAUACUGCUGAGAUUGUAGAAGUUGGUUCACAUACUGAGACUAAGAGAGAAUCAUCUGCUCUUGGCCUAUUGGCUAUGACAUAUGGAAAUUCUUCAGACUCCGAUGAAGAUGAUGUUCAACCCAAUUCUCCUGUUAUUUCUGAGGAUAAUUUGUCUGGAGAUGGUUCAUGGGGUGCUAGAUUUCACCAAGAUGAUUCCGCCUCACCCGUUUUUGAGCAAGGCUAUGAUAGUGGUGCAGAAAGGGGUCCAAGCCAAAUUUCUUCGAGAUCUGAAUGUGAGGAUGAGGAUUCAUCCCAAAGGUCUGAUUUCUAUGAACACUGUGGCCACAGAAGGGUUAAUGGAGAUGAUAAUGAAUAUGAUUCUCACAACUGCUCUGCCAAAUUCACGGAGGAAGAUAUCUUGACUUCCGAGCAAAAUUAUUCUCCUAUCGCCGAUGAACACGAUACUGCAAAAAUCAGUUGUGCUAUUGACCCAGUGGGCAAGCCAAAUCUUUCUUUUGCUCAUAGAUGUGAUGAAGAUUCUUCAAGGAUGCAUGUUUUCUGUCUUGAGCAUGCUGUUGAGGUUGAAAAACAACUCCGACCAAUCGGUGGGGUGCAUAUCUUACUCCUUUGUCAUCCAGACUAUCCGAAUGUUGAAGUUGAAGCGAAGAAGGCAGCAGAAGAGUUGGAAAUGGAUUAUGGCUGGAAAGAUAUUGCUUUCUCGAUGGCCACCAAAGAGGAUGAGGAGCGAAUUCAUAUGGCCUUGCAAAGUGAGGAGUCCACACCAAAGAAUGGGGAUUGGGCUGUAAAACUCGGCAUCAAUCUGUUUUAUAGUGCCAUCCUCAGCCGUUCACCUCUCUACAAUAAGCAGAUGCCCUACAACUCUAUCAUAUACAAUGCUUUUGGCUGCACUUCUCCAUCAAAAUCCUCUCCGGAAGAAGCCAAGGUUCGUGGCAAAGGGUUUGGCAGGCAGAAAAAAUUGGUGAUGGCUGGUAAAUGGUGCGGUAAAGUUUGGAUGUCAAAUCAGGUUCAUCCUUUGUUAUUACAUAGAGAUCCCGAUGAAGAAGAAAGAAAUUUCAAUGCUUGUAUGAAAUCGGAUGAGAAAGUCGGGAGAAAAUCAGAAACUAGUCAUAAAGCUCAAACCACCUACACGAAUCGAAAGGUUGGGAAGAAGAGAAGAUCAAUGCCAGAGAGUACGAAAGUCAAGAAAAUGAAAUUUGAAGCCACAGAAUUUGCAGAUACUGAUCCAGAAGAUUCAGUAGAUGAUAAACCAGAGGUUGAAACUAGAAGAAGUGUCAGAAAAUCAAAGACACAGUGUAGGUCUAUCAAGAGAGUAAAACAUCAAGAAGAAGAAGAAAUUCUAGAUGGUAUGUCAGAGGAUUCACAAGAUGAGAUAAAAUCUUUGAAAAGUGGUAGAGUCUUGAAGUUAGGAACUAAACAAAUUCUGAAAACAAAAGGUCGUCGAAGUGCUGCGGCCAUUCUCAGUUAUUCUGAUGAUGAUUCAUUGGAUGAUAGAUCUCAUCAACAUGGAUUGAGAAGCUGUAAUAGAAAGCUGAAAUCAACUAGAAUGGUUAGAUCUCAACCAAAAGAGAUUGUGGAUAGUGAGUCUGAAGGUUCACCGUCUAACGAAUCUGAAAUAGAGGAGCAUCAGAGAAGAAAUAUAAGGAGUCCAGGCUCGUCUCAGAGGCGGGUCCCAGUUCAUAGACAAUUUGAGUCAGUCACUGAUGAUGAUGAUGAUGAGAUGGCUGGUGGGCCAAGCACUCGUCUGAGGAAAAGAAUUUCGAGGCCUAUUCAGGAGAGGAAAGAAAUUAAACCGACAGUGAAGAGGCAAGUACAGAAACCGAAAGGAAAGAAAGCAGCUCCAUUGACGAAGAAUAUUAUUCCUGCAAGAAAAGGUCCGAAGAUGAGGCUUCCGGUAUCAAGAGGUCCAGCAAUGAAGGGUCCAGCAAGGAAGAAUGCAUCUCUGAAUUCUGGUGAUGCAAAUGAGUACGAUGAAGAAGAAGAAGAAGAAGAAGAAGAAGAACAAGAACAACAAGAAGAAGUUGAAGAAGAGGAGGCAUCUGAAUUUACCUGUGACAUUGAGGGGUGCAGCAUGAGUUUAGGAUCAAAGCAAGAACUUGCGUUGCAUAAACGAAACAUAUGCCCGGUUAAAGGAUGUGGUAAAAAGUUCUUCUCACACAAGUAUCUGGUGCAGCAUCGGCGUGUUCACAUGGAUGAUCGGCCGUUGAAGUGUCCUUGGAAGGGAUGUCGAAUGACUUUCAAGUGGGCAUGGGCUCGCACUGAACAUAUUCGUGUUCACACUGGGGCCCGCCCAUACGUCUGUAAUGAACCGGGCUGUGGACAAACGUUCAGAUUUGUGUCAGAUUUCAGUCGUCAUAAACGCAAGACGGGUCAUGCAGCAAAGAAGGCUAGGAAGUAAUAUAUAUGUAGGAGGUGGUAAAUGGUAAUGGUAUGUAAACAGUAAUUCAACAUUGCUUCUUCUUGUCAAGGAAUUAGUAACAAAUUGAUUGAACUUAGGUUUUAGUUUAAUUUAUAGUUAUAGGGUUUCCCCUUUUAUCUGAGCUUUGAUAAAAGUUGUUGAAGAUUGUCAGGGGGGUGGGGAGGGUCUUCAUUGGACCCAUUCUUUCAGUUCAAUCAAGAAAUUCCUUGAAGAACAAUUAUCUUACUACUUAACUAGUAUGUGUUAUAUACAGUCAUAUGUGCUAUGACUUAGCUUGCUCAA